AUGUCAAAAGAAAUUUAGCAUUUAUAAAAUUUACACAAGAAUUAUCCAGAUGUUCGAGAAUAUUUCUAAGAUAAUAUUGUUCAAUAAAGUAUUAUUGGCUUUAAAAAUACAUUUAAAUAUAGGAUAAUGAUGAAAAAAUAUAAUUUAACUUUUCCAUAACAUUAAAAAAUCCUAAGUCAAUUGAUAAAGGCAUUAACAAAAAGAUAAGCAUCUCUUUAUUUUACAUAUUUUAUAGAUUAUGUUGAAAGGUUCAGUGAUAAUUAUUAAGAUGAUGCUAAAAAGAAAAUACUUGAAAUGUUAAAUUAUAUAAUAGAGAACUAUUCUGAUAAAAUGUCAAAGUUUACCACAGAAUAAACCGAAAUAUUAUAGAAUGAAUAUCUAAAAUCAAUAGAUUUGGAAAAUUUUAUAAAUUAGUUUGUAGAUAUGUAAUGGCUAAUUGAUGAUGUAUGGAAAUAUAUUUAAGAAUGUAUUGCUAAUAUAAAAGAGUUAAAAAUCUCAAUUAUUUAAGAAACAAAGGAAUUUCAAUAAAAUGUUGAUUAAUAUAAUAUUAAUUAUAAAUUAAUAAUCUCAAUGUUUGAAGCAUUGAAAUCAGAACAUUAGAAUAAAAAAAGAAAAAAAAAAAAUAAUAUAUUUGUUAUUAAAGAAAUUUGCAAUUGGAUUGAAAGAAAAAAAGAAUAUGUUUAAGACAACUACAUUUUAAUUUUAAUUUUAAAUCUAUUAAAGAUUAAGCAUGUUAACUUUAUAAAUUCAAAAGUAAAAAAUGAAAGGAUUAAUAAAAUUGAAAAUAACAUGGGGAGUGAGAGUAUUCAUAAUAUCAAUUUCAAUAAAGAUACUUAAAAUUGUUAAGAAUAAUAUUUAUCAUAAAAAAAUUUUGAUUUUUAAGAUUAGCCUGAGAAUUAAAUAGAUGAAGAGAUUGAUUCUUACAAUGAUGAAUUUGUUUAAAAUUCCCCUUCUUCUAGAAAUAGUCGAUCUCAAAGAAAAAUCUAAAAAACGUAAAGCAGUUUAGAAGAAGAAUUUUAGAGUCUAUUCUUAACGAAAUGCCAACAAGAGUAAUUAUUAGAAGAAGAACAAUCCAAUAGAGAUCAAUAAGAGAGCUAAGGGUUAUAUGAAAGUAAUGAUCAUGAGAUAAAUUAAAUAUAUCAUGAAGGGCAAUUUUUAGAUGAUUAAUUAUAAUGACACAUGGU